AUAAUCAGAAACUGCAGACAUGGUACAGAAGAUGGUCAGAGACUGUAGAAAUACUACAGGAGAUGGUCAGAGACUGUGGACAUACUACAGGAGAUGGUCAGAGACUGCAACCAUGCUACAAGAGAUGAUCAUAGACUGCGGACAUGGUUCAAGAGAUAAUCAGAGACUAUGGACAUGCUACAAGAGAUGAUCAUAGACUGUGGACAUGGUACGAGAGAUAAUCAGAGACUGUGGACAUGGUACAAUGGAUGAUCAGAGACUGCGGACAUGGUACAGAGAUGAUCAAAGACCGUGGACAUGGUACAAGAA